AGCUGGUGUCAAUUCCUUAUUUGGGACCUAGCCCUAGCUACUAUGAAUAAUUGUUCCGUUUUAAUUUGUGUUUGUCCACCAAAUAGUGUGUAACCGCAACGUAGCCUACAUGCACUUUCAGAGUAGGAUCUUGGUGGUUUAUUUUCUCCAUAGACCGAUAAAACUCUGACGAAAUGAAAAACUACGUUUUCCUGGUUACUUUGUAUUCGAUUCUUAAUCUAAGGUUGUCAAACUCGAGCUCCUCCGCCUCCCAGAGGUGCUUCUGUCAGGUGACAGGUAGUUUGGAUGACUGCACUUGUGAUGUGGAGACAAUUGAUGCCUUUAACAACGAACAUCUUUUCCCCAAACUUCAAAAGCUGCUUGAAUCUGACUACUUCAGGUUCUAUAAGGUGAACCUGAAUAAACCGUGUCCAUUCUGGAGGGAUGACUCUCAGUGUGGUCAUAAAGACUGUGCUGUGAAGCUUUGUACUCCUAAUGAGGUACCUGAAGGAAUCAAAACUCACAGCCACAACAAGUACACAGCCGAUGCCAACAACCAUCUCCAAGACUGUGAGCAGACCCUGCAGCUUGGUGCUGUCGAUGGCUCUCUCAGCGAUAAGACCAGACGAGCCGUCGUGGAGUGGGGCAAGCACGACGACGAGGAGGAGAGCUUCUGCGUGGCCGACGAUGAGGAGAGUCCGGACUCCCAGUACGUGGAUCUGCUUCUGAACCCAGAGCGCUUCACAGGCUACAAAGGCCCAGAAGCUUGGCAGAUCUGGAACAGCAUCUACGAAGAAAACUGUUUCAAGCCGUAUACUGUGAAGAGACCCUUGAAUCCUUUAGCUUCAUACAGUGGAAAUGAGGGGAAGACAUUUUACAGCUGGUUGGAAGAUCAGUGCGUGGAGAAAAGAGCCUUCUACCGCCUGGUGUCCGGUCUGCACGCCAGCAUCAACAUACACCUGAGUGCCAGGUAUCUCAUAGACGAUAACUGGUUCCAGAGAAAGUGGGGUCAUAAUAUCUCAGAGUUCCAGCAGCGCUUCGAUGCAGAGCUGACCAGUGGCGAGGGACCAAAGAGGUUGCGUAAUCUCUACUUCCUGUACCUGAUAGAGCUACGUGCCUUGGCCAAAGUCCUGCCUUUUUUCCAGCGCCCAUACUUCCAGCUCUACACUGGCCAACCUGCACAGGACAGGCAACACAAAAGCCUUCUCCUAGAGCUCCUCCAAGUGGCCAAGUCUUUCCCUCUGCACUUUGAUGAAAUGUCGCUGUUUACCGGGGAUAAGAAGGAGGCAGCAAGGCUUAAGGAAGACUUUAAGUUGACGUUCCGCAACAUCUCCAGGAUCAUGGACUGUGUUGGCUGCUUCAAGUGUCGGCUCUGGGGCAAACUACAGACGCAAGGUCUCGGCACAGCCCUGAAGAUUCUUUUCUCAGAGCGCCAGAUCGAGGAACUCCCCAAGUCAGGCGGUCGGCCCUCCUUCCAGCUGAGCCGCCAGGAGAUCGUCUCCCUCUUCAACGCUAUUGGACGCAUCUCAACAAGCAUUAGGGAGCUUGAGAACUUCAGGAAUCUGCUAACAGACGUCUGGUGAAGAGAGGUUUAUUCCUCCACACUUCCUUCUAAAAACCACUGACCUGCACGAAGGGGAGAAACCGCCACAUCAACCUACAUUCUGCACUCCUACAUUCCAUUUUUUCUAACUAAGUAACCCUGUUCUACAUGUGCUACUCAUCGUUUCUCAAUUAUAUAUCUUUUUUUGUCGUCAACACUGGAGUUAUUGAUUUCAAAUGUGACCCUCUUGAGGGCCUGAAUGAAGAAUAAACAUGGAGUGACCUAC